GAGAAAACCGUAGUGAAAACUUUUCCCAACCAGAAGCCGUGGAUGAAUAAAACCGUCCGCGACGCUCUGAACUCUCGCACCGCUGCCUACAGCGCGGGGCUCAUCAGCGGUAACAUGGAGGAAUAUAAAGCUGCGUCUUACGGAGUACGGCGAGCGGUGAAAGAGGCGAAGCGGCGCUACGGGGAGAAAAUAGAGACACAGUUCCAGCAGAGUGACUCUAGAACCCUGUGGCAGGGACUACGGACCAUCACGGACUACAGAAGCCCACCCUCCAGACUGGUGAGUGCGGACGCGUCUCUGGCAACCGAGCUGAACACUUUCUACGCUCGCUUCGAGGCUGCAGCCGGCAACGCUAACAGCGCUAAUGAUGCUAUCAGCGCUACCGGUGUGACCAGCAUGCAGACGGAGCUCGUCGGGACGCAGAGACCCCUCAUCAUCAGGGAGAGUGAUGUACGGAGAGCUUUCAGGAGAGUGAACACCAGGAGAGCAGCAGGACCGGACGGGAUCGCCGGCCGAGUCAUCAAAGCCUGCGCGGACCAGCUAGCACCGGUGUUCACGGUGAUCUUCAACCUGUCCCUGACCCAGUGCAUCGUACCAGCGUGCUUCAAACAGUCCGUCAUCGUUCCAGUCCCGAAGAAGAACCAGCCAGCCUGCCUCAAUGACUUUCGCCCAGUGGCCCUGACAUCAGUUGUGAUGAAGUGCUUCGAGAGGAUCAUCAGAGACUUCAUCACUUCAUCACUUCCGGACUCUAUGGACCCUUUACAGUUUGCAUACCGCCACAACCGUUCCACAGAUGAUGCCAUCACCUACCUCCUUCACACCACAUUAACACACCUGGACGCUGGGAGGAGUAAUUAUGUUAAAAUGCUGUUUGUUGACUACAGCUCAGCAUUUAACACGAUUAUCCCCUCUACACUAACCAUCAAGUUGGAGAACCUGGGACUUCAUCCAUCCUUGUGUCACUGGAUCUCUAACUUUUUGACGGACAGAACACAAGCUGUGCGGUCUGGGAGGCGUUUUCGUGCUCUAAAAGCCAAAACGGAGAGGAUGAGAAGAAGCUUUUUCCCACAAGCUAUUCGUGUCCUCAACGAAAACAGCAUUUAGGACCAUUUACACAAUGUGCACAAUCUAAUUUAUAUGUGUAUGUAUGUGUAUAUAUGUGGACAUAUGUAUGUGUAUAUAAGUAUAUGCGUGUAUACUGUUUUAUGUGUAUAUGUAUGUAUAUGUAUAGAUUAGUAUUGUGUAUUUAUUAUUUAUCACAUCUGUAUAGCAUUAUGUAGCAUCAUGUUGCACAGUUUCUGCACUACUUGUCACUUUACACACUUGUUCACUUUAAACUGCCCCUUGUAAUUAUAUUGUAAUUCUUCUGAUGUUCACUUUACUUUAAAUUGCUCUUUUUAAUUAUAUUGUUAAUUUUUCUAAUGUCCUAAACUCUUACUUUUAAAAACUUUUUAUAUUUUGUUGUAUAAUAUAUUUUUUAACUAUUUUGUAGUUUUGUAAUUACUGUGGCGGAGCAGUCACUAAAGCAUUUCACUGCCAGUUGUACUGUGUAUGACCAUGUAUGUGACAAAUAAACCUUGAUUUGAUUUGAA